AUGGCAACCUUGGUGGGGUUGUCUAGGGCCUGCCCGCGGGAAGCUGCACCCCGAGAGCUCAGUGCCUGGGGACAGCAGGGCGGCGCACAGCGUAGGUCUGGAGCGCGCGUGGAGUGUCAAAGCCACAGGUGCUCCGCACCCCAGCAGCCCACGCUCCGGCACCCCCUGGCGGACUCGGACGGCGGCGCGGGGGCAGGGUCAAGAAGAUUGAGGACCACUGGGUCAAAGCAUAAGCAACCUGGGGACCGCUCUGUCCUUCCAACUUGUGGGUCUGAGGACAGAGCUCAGAUCAGCAAGCUUAGUGCCAGGUCUCUCCGGGAACUCUGGACCGACAUUUCUUCUGCUGACUGGAAGGUUGCAAGUCUGAGCAAUCCUCCUGAGUCCAGGGACACGGUGCGGGCACGAGGACCCCGAUUCCUCUCUGCCCCCCAACACCAGCGGCUAACUGUACUGAACCAUGACUGCCCUGCUGCCACCACCAGCACAGGCCGCAUUUCCUCCACCCUCACAGACCAAGACACCGGUGGCGACAAUGUGACCCUCCUGGUGGCUCCUCCAUGCACCCAAGAGAGACAUUAUGAGCACCUUGGACGAUGUUGCAGCAAAUGCGAACCAGGAAGAUACCUGUCUUCUAAAUGCACGCCUACCUCUGAUAGUGUGUGUCUGCCCUGUGGUCCAGAUGAGUACUUGGACACCUGGAACGAAGAGGAUAAGUGCUUGCUGCAUAAAGUCUGUGAUGCAGGCAAGGCCCUGGUGGCGGUGGACCCUGGCAAUCACACAGCCCCACGGCGCUGUGCCUGCACAGCCGGCUACCACUGGAACCCAGACUGCGAGUGCUGCCGCCGGAACACGGAGUGUGCACCUGGCUUUGGGGCCGAGCAUCCCUUGCGGCUCAACAUGGACACGGUGUGCACACCCUGCCUCUUGGGCUUCUUCUCAGACAUCUCCUCAUCCACGGACACAUGCAGACCCUGGACCAACUGCUCCCUCCUUGGAAGACUAGAAGCACAGCCAGGGACGAACAAAUCAGACGUGGUUUGCAGCUCUUCCCUGACCCUGAGGAAGCCACCCAAGGAAGCCCAGAUUUACUUGCCCAGUCUCGUCAUUCUGCUCCUCUUCGUCUCUGUCAUAUUAGUUGCUGCCAUCAUCUUUGGAGUUUAUUACAGGAAGGGAUGGAAAGCAUUGACAGCUAAUUUGUGGAACUGGGUCAAUGAUGCUUGCAGCAGCCUAAGUGGAAACCAGGGGUCCUCGGGUGACUGUUGUGUUGGUGCACACCCAGCAACCUCUGCUCAGCAAGAAGCAUUGGAAAGAGCGUUACUAAUGACCCUAGGGGAGAAGAUGUUUCCAGAAGACAUGUGCUAUCCGGAAGGUGGUUCUGGGGUCUGUGAGCCUGUGUGUGCAGCAGAGGGUGGAGAUGCCAGGAUGCUCACAUUGGUCAGCGAAGUCGAGAUCCAGGGGGACCUCUCAAGGAAGAUUCCCACAGAGGAUGAGUACACAGACCGGCCCUCACAGCCCUCUAAUGGUUCACUGUUUGUGAUCCAGCCCGGGAGCAAAUCUACACCCCCUUUCCAGGAGCCUCUGGAAGUGGGGGAGAAUGACAGUUUAAGCCAGUGUUUCACAGGGACUGAGAGCACGGCUGAGUCUGAAGGCUGCAGCUUCCUGGCGCCCCCAUGCAGAACUGACUGUAUCCCUUUGUCCCCUGAAAAGUACUUGAAAAGAGAAAUAGAGGAUGACAGUUGCCUGCCCUGGGUGGCCAGCUCCAACUCAACAGACGGCUACACGGGCUCUGGAAACACUCCUGGGGAGGACCAUGAGCCGCUUCUGGGUUCUCUGAAAUGUGGACCCUUGCCCCAGUGUGCCUACAGCAUGGGCCUUCCCAGCGAAGCAGCAGCCAGUAUGGCAGAGGCAGGAGGACAGCCCCAGGACAGGGCUGAUGCAAAGCUUCCAAGCUCGGAGAGGGGAGCCUCGGGAUCUGGGGGUUCCCCCAGUGACCAGCCACCUGUAUCUGGGAACGUGACAGGAAACAGCAAUUCCACGUUCAUCUCUAGCGGGCAGGUGAUGAACUUCAAGGGCGACAUCAUCGUGGUGUACGUCAGCCAGACCUCGCAGGAGGGCCCGGGCCCCACGGAACCGGAGCCGGAGCCGGAUCCCGUGGGCCGCCCGGUGCAGGAGGAGACGCUGGCGCGCAGAGACUCCUUCGCGGGCACGGCUCCACGCUUCCCCGACGCGUGUGCCACCGGGGCCGGGCUCCAGGAACAGGGCACGUGCGAGACCAAGGACGGGACAUCGCGGCCGGUGCAGGAGCAGGGCGCGGCGCAGGGCUCACGCCGUAUCCUGGGCUCCGGACAAUGUGCAGAAUGACCCCCGAGUUCUCUGCCUGCCCUGGGCGCAGAGCACCAGGGCUUUCACUAAACAGAUGUGUCCUGGCUGUUCACCGCGCACCUCCUCGCAGGGGCAGGCUGCUGGUGUGGUGGCGAAGCCCCUCACUUCCCGUGCCUCUCCCAUUUGGUGUCAUUCAGAUUGGCCUCUUUUUUUUU